CAGACAACAUCCGAAAUCUUCAAGAGCCAACGAAUGUGUACGAAACAAAAUUUUAUCGCUAACCACUGAAAAUAUUGUGGACAGAACAAACAGACAGUUUUCAACUUUUAUUUAUAAGUUUUCCUGCGGACGAAUAUAAAAACGGAGGUAAUAGGUGGCGGCUCAAAUGUGGACGAUAUCAAGCGCGGGACGACGUGCUCCGCGAGACAGACAGACAAUACAUUUUAUGUAAAUAUUGAAACUGGUGACAAUGAUCAUAUUCAGCAGUUUUGUGGUGCUGGCCGCGCUACUCGGCGUGUCUUGUGAGAAGCCGCUGGGUAGGCGUGUUGCUGUGCCCGUCAUCCACGUCAGGGGGACUCAUUACGAAGUUGGAUACGAUGUCGGCCGUACAUUCUCGUCAAUCAUCAAGGACUUUAUCGCGACAUAUGAGAACCUGCGAGACUUCGAGAAUGUGUACGCCACAGACACGGGGAGGAAGGCGUACGACACGACCCUGGCGAACAUGAAGAAGAAGUACCCUUACUAUAUUAAGGAAAUGCAGGGAGUCGCCGAUGGAGCCAAAGUGAACUUCACACAGCUGUUCCUGCUACAGAUGGACGACCUGAUCGGCAACGUGAACGACAACCACAUCCCCAGGAAUGACACCGGCGGCUGCAGCUCCAUUGCAUUCAAGAACUCUCAGACGACUUUGCUGGGUCACACAGAGGAUGCGUUCCAUGAGACGCUGAACCACUUCUACAUCAUGUCUGCCCACAUCAUACCCUCGCCUGAGGACGCCAAGGCUGGAGCGGUAGAGGAGCGGUUCUCGUCUCUGUGCUACGCUGGCCACAUGCCGGGAUACACCAUGGGCUUCAACGAGAACGGGCUAGUCUUCUCCAUCAACACCCUCAGCCCCCUCAUCCUGAAGUAUGGCAACACACCUAGGACAUUCAUCACCCGAGCGAUGCUGGCAGCCAAGAACUUCGAGGAAGCUGAGCACAUUCUACUGGACCAGGGCCUUGGCAUCGGCAACGGAUUCUCGGUGAACAUGAUCUGGACCAACAACUGGGGGGACCGGCAGAUAUACAACAUCGAGGUGUCUCCCGACCUGAAGGCAGACCACUCGCACCUCAACGUGCAGAAGUAUGACAAGGAACCCCUGGUGCACACCAAUAAAUACCAACGCACCAACGUGACAGAGGUGACCGGUCGUAUCAUAGAUAGCAGCGUAGCGCGCCUGAGGGUAAUCCACAGCUAUCCCAAGCCUCACACCCGCAAGGAGCUGGCGGAGAUCCUUUCUGACACCAGCGACAAGGAAUUCCGGCUGUUCCAGGACCAUCCUGAUGACAUUAUCAUGACUAUCGCAGCAGGUAUUUUCGAUCUGGACAAGCGCACAUGGAGCAUCUACAUCAACAAGCCAAAGUGCUCAGAGCCGGUUGCUGUACUGCCUAUCACAUUCUCCUCUUUGGACUACUAGAUACCGGGACCGAUACAACACGACAUAUAAUUAAUGAUUAAAGAAGAAACACAAGGGAGACACUAAAAAUAGUGGAUUGUUUAUAAGUGUAACUAUGUCUCCCUCGUACAUAAAUAUAUUGUGUGACUAUAAUAUAAUAAAGAAUAAGUAUGGGUACUUAAUUGUUGCUAGAGUUGUUUAGAAAUAAAGUUGAGUAGAUACAACGUAACUACAUAUUGAGAAAGUGUAGAAUAUUAUUAUAUAGAUAGCUCCAAGCCUGAAUGUUCAGACUACUGACUAUCACGCUAUUCCUAUGUUCAGUAUUUGAAUUUAAUUAUUUAGUACA